AUGGCACCGACGUUAAUAAACGGGAAGAUAAUCAUGCAAGGACUGUGGAUAAGGGAGCUCGGAUGGGACCAGCCGAUUCCUCAAGAGCUCUCAACUGCAUGGGAGGAGCACUACAAGUCGCUGGUGAGAAUCAAUGCGCUUCAGAUACCCCGGAACGUGGUGCCUGCAAAUAACUUAGGACAAUUUGACAUAUACGGAUUCGGAGAUGCCUCCAAGCGAGCGUACGGUGCUUGCAUAUAUGCGGUGAGCAGAGAUAAGCGAGGAAUUGCACACUCCCACCUUAUCUGUGCAAAGGCAAGAGUGGCGCCACUCAAAACGGUUUCCAUUCCACGAUUAGAGCUGGAAGCAGCUCUUCUGCUCUCACGUCUGUGGGCCGUUGCGAAGAAGGCGUAUGGGGAGCAAAUCAGAAAUACAAGAUUGUGGAGCGAUUCAACGGUCGUACUUGGAUGGAUAAAGACUCCGCCGAAUAAAUUGAAUACAUUCGUAGCGAACCGUGCCUCCAAAAUUCAAGACAUUACGAAGAACAUCUCUUGGUAUCAUGUGCCAACAAACGAGAAUCCGGCUGAUUUACUGUCAAGAGGAGUCAGUACCGAGGUGUUAGCUGAAAGUGAGCUAUGGUGGCAUGGUCCGCACUGGCUGACGGACGGAAGUAAAUGGCCGCUCAACAUGAAGAAACCAGAAGAGGAGUUGCCGGAGUUAAAAACAACAACGGUGGCGCUGAAAGCAAGCGAAACUUCGAGUGUCUUAACGAGAUUCUCAACAUACCGAAAACUUAAAUGGAAGCGCCACGUGCUGGAAACGAGAAUGAAGGGCCCGUUGACGGUUGACGAACUCGGCGAAGCAGAAGAAAUUAUAGCUAGGAUGGUUCAGCAGGAGACAUUCUUACAAGACUAUGAGGAUCUAAUCAAGGAUAGAAUUUUAUCAAGCAAGAGCAAGUUGCGAGCGUUAGAUCCCUUUAUGGACAAGAAGGGACUCAUUAGAGUCGGUGGAAGACUCCGACACUCUAGUUUAUCAAUGGAAGGGAGGCAUCCUAUCAUAUUAUCAGCAAGACAUUAUAUUACAAGCUCGAUUAUGCGCGAAGAACACAGCCGUUUGCAUCAUUGCCCUCCUGAGCAGCUUCUCAGUGUGGUGCGGAGUCGAUACUGGCCAUUAAGUGGACGUCGAGAGGCCCGUAAGAUAGUGAAAAAUUGCUUAAUCUGCUUUCGACUUCGUCCAACUACUCCUGAAAUUAAAAUGGGAGACUUGCCUGGGGUAAGAGUAAUCGGAUACCAGCGAGUCUUUACGAAUACCGGAGUGGACUACGCCGGCCCCCUGCAAGUGCGUGAAAGUCGGCGCCGAGGAAGGGUGCAUAUAUCGAAGGGAUAUAUAGCCCUAUUCACCUGUCUUGCAACGAGAGCUGUACAUCUGGAGCUCGUGUCAGACCUCUCAACAGCGGCAUUUCUGGCAGCCCUAAACCGUUUUAUAGCAAGGCGCGGUAUUUGUUCCCAGAUGUUAUCAGACAACGGGACGAAUUUCGUGGGAGCAGCUCGAGAGUUGAAGGAAAUUUACGAGUUUCUCGAGAAGGAAGGAAAAAAAAUGCAAUCAGCUCUCGCUCAACGGAAGAUCGCAUGGAGUUUUAUACCACCCCGUGCUCCGCAUUUUGGCGGUUCAUGGGAGGCGGUGCGACCCAAGGGACUUUUCCGUGCUUACUCCUUCCCAUUUCCUGAUUGGGGACUCGAUCCUCCUACCUGCGCGAAAGGAUUACCGGAGAACCGUCUUGCUCGGAGGCAGCAUAUCCAGAAGUUGAGCCAACAAUUCUGGGAGCGAUGGCAAGCCGAAUACCUGCAAGAACUGCAACGGCGAAAUAAGUGGGCAGACGGCGGAGACAACAUAACGAUGGACACGCUGGUUCUAUUGAAGGAGGAUCACGUUCCGCCGCUUCAGUGGAGCCUUGGCAGAGUCUCUGCCUUAUUUCCUGGCCAGGAUGGAGUUGUAAGAGUCGUAUCCGUGAGAACCCGAAGCGGUGAAGUCAAGAGAUCGGUCAAGAAGUUGUGCCCGAUACCCGUGUCAUCUUCAAAAUCUGACGGAGGUUUCACUCAACAACAAUUCAACGUGUUGACAGUAAAAUGGAUGGCGAAAAAGUACUUACCUUUCUCAUUCUUCGACGACGAUUUUACUGUGGGUUAUUUCAAGCUGAUCAAUCCAAAUUUAAAAGUUCCAAACCGGAAUACACUGAGGAAACUGGCAGAACAACUUUUUGAGCAAACGCAGAGCAAAAUCAAAGAGAUUUUCUAG